AUGCUAUUAAAUUGUUGAUAGUGUCAAGGAUCUUCCCAACAAUUUGAAAAAACUACACGAAAUUUAUUUUUUAUCUUAUAAGUACUACUGCCGAAAAGUAAUCUCAAUUAAUGUACGCCGUCAUAAUCUGUUUAACGCGUGUAUGUUUGCAGAAAUUCGGAUGAAACCGUGACGUUUUACAUUGAUUUAGUGUGCCAACACAAUUUUAAUACGACAUACACGAGUUCGAUAUGGUCGAAAUAAUUUCGUGAAGUGAGACGGGUUGUCAUUUAUGUAUUAUAAACAUAUUUUUCUACUGUAUAGCGAUCCGUUUCUCUACUUCCUAUGAAUUAAUUACAUUAAAAAUGUUCCACUUUUUUUAUUUAGCAAGACUGAAGACUUUAGUUGGAUUAAUUUUAUACAAACUUAAUGAAUAUAUCCAUUAUUUAUUGGUAUUUCUACUUGCUUUAACUAUAAUUUACAAUGAAUGGUUUAUUUACUCAUUGUAUGCAAGUAAAUGGCCAUAUUUAUAUUGUGGAAAUGAAAAGUUCUGCAAAAAUAUCUUAUUGGUUGCUGAUCCACAAAUAUUAGGCGAAGAAAGAGAAAAUAUUUUAUCACGCUGGGAUAGUGAUCGAUAUCUAUUUAAUACCUAUGGUCGAGCACUACAACACGUAAAACCUGAUAAUGUUGUUUUUUUGGGUGAUUUAUUUGAUGAAGGUUCAAUAGCUGAUCAAAAAACUUUUGAAAGAUAUUUAUAUAGAUUUUGUAAAAUAUUUUUUUUAAAAACCACUGUUCCUCUAGCAUCAAAAAAUGUUAUUUUUAUUCCUGGGGACAAUGAUAUUGGUGGAGAAGAAGAAAUAGUUAUUCGAGAAAAAGUUGAUAGAUUUCACCUUUACUUUGGUUCACCAGGAAUCAUUGUAAAUGAAAAUAUUGAAUUUACCAUGGUAAACCAACUAAUAGAUUCAAUGCCAAUGAAUAAUAAUCCUACAAAUAGAACAAAUACCAUAAAAAUUAUGUUUUCGCACAUUCCUUUAACACCAAAAUAUACAAAAUUCACAGAAAAAGUUUUAAACGAAUUCAAAAGUGAAUAUAUAUUCUCAGCUCAUGACCAUUCUUCAAUUAAUUUUGUCAGUAACUUUAAACAAAAAAAACAAAAAUAUGUCCAAAGACUUGGGCGCAACAGUUAUAGUCAAAUGACUGAGGCUCAAUGGAGAUUUGGACAGCAAUCACCAGAUAUAGUCAGUGAAAUUAUUGUGCCAACUUGCUCUUAUAGAAUGGGAUCAAACAAUGUUGGAUAUGGAGUACUAACUAUAGAUACAUUCAGACACUCGAUUACAUAUACGAUUUUAUGGCUUCCAUCAAGAUUUUCUUGUCUUUAUGUCUACCUGUAUAUUUUAAUGUUAAGUAUUAUUUUGUAUUUGUUACAUUUAAUAACUAGAAAUAGCAAAGCUAUUGUAUACAGGGUUAUGUAAACAAUCAAAUGUACUUAUUACUUAAAAUUGAAUUAUUAAGGUACAUAUUUUCAUUGAGAUAACUGAAUAAAUGAAAUGUUUUAUAAUUUGUUAAUUUUUAAUAAAA